UCCCCCACAGUACAAGCUCCUCCAGGCUGGGAUGGAGACGAUCUACAGCACAGCCACCAUCUGCGACUUCCAGGACGAGACUGAGUGCGAUUUGACCCUCGAGCCCGAUAUCGAACUGAUCCUCGCCACAUCCGUCAACUGGGAAGAACUGCGCCAUGCGUGGGUUGAAUGGAGGGAAAGUACCGGAAAACUGAUGAGGGACGAUUUCAUUCGCUUCGUCGAGCUUUCGAACAAGGCGGCGACGCUGGACGGUUUCGACAACACGGGCUCCUAUUGGCUGAACGGCUACACGGUCACCCAACGAGAAGCCGACAAGUAUACAGGCGGCCAGGCAUUGGACCAACAGCAGUUCAGGACGAUGGCCGAGCAGGCGUGGCAAACGGUAUCUGAAGGACUGUACAAGAAACUCCACGCCUACGUAAGGAUGCGCCUCUCCGAUGUGUACCCAGGCAGGAUUGAUCCUACGGGGCCCAUCCCAGCUCACAUCCUCGGUAACAUGUGGGCGCAAGACUGGUCCAACGUCGCCCGCCACGUCAUGCCCUUCCCUGACAUGCCCACCUUUUGUUUGAUGCCCACUUUUGAUGUCACCGAAAGCAUGGUCAAGAAUGGUUGGGACAUCCAGCGUAUGUUCGAUUCCGCCGAGGACUUCUUCAAGAGCAUCGGCCUUUUCCCCAUGACGCAAACCUUCUGGGACAAGAGCGUGCUAAACCAGACCGCGUGGGGCCGCCCCAUCGUCUGCCACGCUUCGGCCGAGGAUUUCUGCCUCGGGCCCGACGGGGAGGACUACAGGAUCAAGAUGUGCACGGAGGUCAACAUGGUGGACCUCGUGACGGUGCACCACGAGAUGGGCCACAUCGAGUACUUCAUGGCCUACAAGAACCAGCCUCAUGUCUUCAGGGAGUCGGCCAACCCAGGUUUCCACGAGGCGAUCGGCGACCUCAUCUCCCUCUCGGUGUCGACGCCCACGCAUCUGGAAAGCGUGCUGGGCCUCACGCCCACGAGGAGCCGCCCGCGAGGCGCUUCCUCCGAGGGGGAGGAGCUUAGCGACGAGGAGAAGAGGGACCUCAACUUCCUCAUGAAGAUGGCGCUGGAGAAGAUCGCCUUCCUGCCCUUUGGCUACCUGAUCGACAAGUACCGCUGGGGGGUCUUCGACGGCACCGUCAGUAGCGCGAACCUGAACGGGGCGUGGUGGCAGCUGAGGGAGGACCUGCAAGGCGUGGCACCCCCUGAUGGUGCCAGGGGCGAGGAAUUCUUCGAUCCCGGUGCCAAGUACCAUGUUCCGGCCAACGUGCCAUAUAUCAGCUACUCCGUCAGCUUCAUCGUUCAGUUCCAGUUCCACCAGCGGCUCUGCCAGGCGGCCGGACAUACGGGCCCUUUGCACACCUGUGAUAUUUACAACAAUGCAGAAGCAGGACAGAUUCUCAGAGCUGCCUUGGAGCGCGGGUACUCACAGCCGUGGCCGGCCGUCCUCCAGGAGCUGGGCGGGUCUUCGGAGAUGGACCCCCAGGCCAUUAUCGCCUACUUCGACCCUCUGAUCCAACACCUCGAUCAAGAGCUCGCCAACGCCGGCCAGUGCGUGGGCUGGGGAGUUGAUUGUGCCAGGGCCAGCGACGCUCCCCCACCACCAGAGACCUCCAGCGACGCUCCCCCACCACCAGAGACCUCCAGCGACGCUCCCCCACCACCAGAAUCCUCCACUGACGCUCCCCCACCACCACAAUCCUCCACCGACGCUCCCCCACCACCAGAAUCCUCCACUGACGCUCCCCCACCACCACAAUCCUCCACCGACGUCUCCACCACCACUAUGACCCCAACCACAGUGGACCCCAACGACGAGGAGAGCGCCCGUCUCGCCCUCCGGCAGAUGAACGACGAAAUGACAGAGCUCAUCCGCAACGCCACCUUCGUCGACUGGGAAUACUACAUUGACGUCACGGAUGCGAACGAGGCAGCGUCGAACGAAGCAGCCUCAUGGGGCCCAUCGAGUUCAAGGACGCUGACGCGCAGCUCGAAGACUCAACUACGACAACGUAACUCCCUACAUCAAAUCUCUCUGUUAUCCACCCCUCCCCUCUCUCCUCUACUCCAACAGCUUACCGCAAUUGUAACCGGCAUGACGAACGCCUUCACCAGUUUAGUCUGCCCUUACGACAAGCAAUCUUGCAACGAAGAUGAGGGUCUUAACAGCGACGCCCUUGAGACGGUGAUGGCUGUAAACCGAGAUUACGAAGAACUGAAAUAUUACUGGGAACAGUGGAGGGAGGUUUCCGGGAAGCCCAUUAAAGAAAACUAUACGAGGUAUAUCACACUUCAGAACAAGGCUGCAGAACUGAACGAUUUCGACGACGCCGGUAUGAUGUGGUUAGAACCUUACAACAUUGCCUCUGAGAAUUACACGCAAGAGAGCUUCAAACAAGAUAUCGAGGACUUGUGGAACCAGACACAAGGACUCUACCAGAAACUUCACGCCUACGUUCUUCACAAACUGAAAGAUCACUACGAGGAAAUCGAUAGUGAGGCGGAUGUUAUCCCUGCUCAUCUCUUGGGCAACAUGUGGGGCCAGAGCUGGGAGAAUAUCUACGAGAUUGUCAAGCCUUUCGAUGCCCCGAUACCCAACCUGGAUGCCAUUCUUGAGGACAACAUCGGCCGCGAGGAGGAGAUGUUCGAGAUCGCCGAGGAAUUCUUCACGAGCAUCAACCUCUUCGAAAUGACCGAAGAUUUCUGGGAGAAUUCGCUCUUCAGGGAGCCCGACCCGCCGAGGAAGGCCAUCUGCCACGCCUCCGCCUGGGACUUCUACGAUACUGUCAACCCGAGGGAGGACGGGAGAUUCAGAAUCAAAAUGUGCACGAACAAGAACCAAGAGGACUUCAUCGUGAUCCACCACGAGAUGGGUCACACGCAGUACCAGAUGGCCUACAGCGAGCCGACUGAGGACCGCCCCCUGGUCUUCAGGGACGGAGCCAACCCUGGCUUCCACGAGGCCAUCGGGGACACCAUCGCCCUCUCGGUCACCACGCCGGCUCACCUCUUCCUCAUCGCCGACCGCCUCACCAACGGCACCUACGGGAUGACCACCGCCGCGUCCACGGAGGCGACCUCCCCUCAGCCGUCGGCAGGAAGCUCCUCCUCCCCGCCGGAGGAAUCGUCGACGGCAGCCAACGAGGAGGACCAAGGCGCUCGGGCAGACGCGUCCAGCUCCGUCGCCGUCUCUAGCUCUGUCUCGCCGCCCCCAGGAUCGUUCGAAAGCAGCGCGGCCGCGUCCAGCUCCUCCGGCAUGCCCUCCGUGAACUCCAGCCCUUCGUCGGUUGCCAGCGAGUCGAGCGGAAGCACCACAGAGGCCGCGGAGACUACGACCGAAAUGCCUUACGCUGAGGAGGACAUCAACUUCCUCAUGAGGACGGCGCUGGCGAAGGUGGGCUACGUGCUUAUUUGUUUUCUUGCUCUUCCCCUUUCUUUUCUUUUCUCUUCUUCGUUAUUUUUGUUAUUGUUUUUUUUUUAUUGUUUACGUAUUAUCAAGACUUUCUCGCCACAGACAACGGGGGGGAAAGAGAUCGAGCUCAACAAACUCUGGUGGGAGAAGCGACUGGACAUCCAAGGCCUCGCUCCUCCCUCGCCCCGCUACCCUUCAACUGACUUCGACGUCGGGGCGAAGUAUCACGUGCCGACCAGCGUGCCUUACAUCAGGUACUUCGUCGCUCACAUCCUCCAGUUCCAGUUCCACGCCCGCCUCUGCAGCGUCUCCGGCUUCGAGGGCGACAUCUACAAGUGCAACGUCUACAACAAUACCGAUGCUGGGAAUCACCUGAGGGCACUGCUGGAGAAAGGCGCAUCAGAGCCAUGGAAGAAGCAGCUGGCAGAUUUCCUGGGAACCGGAGAGGGCAACAUGGACGCCUCUGCCCUCUUGGCCUAUUUCAAACCUCUUGACGACUUCCUUACGAACUACUUGGAAGAAAACGAAAUCACGCCCGGGUGGCGUCAGGGCCAGGUGGACAGCUACAUGCACGACGAGCGAGUGGAGAUCCCGGCCACCGUGCCCAUCGUGGUGGGCAUCGUCCUGGCCGUGAUGGUCGUCGUCGUGAUCGUGGCUUACUUCGUCGGCCGCGCCAGACAGAAGAAGAAGGCGAAGAAGAACAAGGCCCCCGCCCAGACGCCAGGCGAGAACAUCGAACUGGGUCAGCAGAAGACCGAGUUGUAGGCUGGUGCGGGGAAAGGGGAGAGGGGAAAAAGAAAUAGAGAAAGAGAGAGAAAAGAAAAGAAAAGUUUCGGUCUUAACUUAACAGAGAAAGAGAGAGAUAGAAACUUUCUUCGUUUUAUUAUUGUCUCUCUCGUAGACAAAGAAAGAAAAGGAAGAAAGAGAAAAAGAAAAAGAAAGAAACUUUCUUCGUUUUAUUUUCGUCUCUCUUGUAGAAAAGAAGGUUUCCGUUUUCUCUAAUUUGGUUUUUAUUUUUUUUGAAGGGUAACUAAGUUAUUAUUUCAUCCCUUUUGUUUUAUUAUUAUGUGAGUUCUUAUUUCUUCUAAAUUAAGCAUUCACGUUAUCAUCUCUUUAUGGAAUUAUUUUAUAGAUUUUGUUUACUUGUAUUUAUCUUUUACUGACUCUCUCGUUUCAAUUUAUUUUCAAUUAUUGGCAUUUUUAUCAACAUAAAAUUCAUUUAUAAUAGGACAGUGGUAUAUAUAUAUAUACAUCAUUAGUCUCUUCUCUUAGAUUCGACAUUUAGAAAAAGAAAUUAGUAAUAAUUUUAUAAGGAAAAUAUAAUCAGAAAGAUAUGUAAAUAUUUCUAUAGUGUGUGUUCAGAAGACAGGAAGUGAACACUAUUAUAAAAGACUAUUUAAUUGCCUUUGUAAAAUAAUAACUGGUAUUUUCUGCAACUGUGUAUUGUAUUUCCCCGUAUGUGUGCAAUAAGUUUGUUUGGUGAUGUUCAGAUUUUAAGACAAGUAGACUUUGAUAGUUUAGUAUAAUGAUAAUGAUGAUGCUGUUGGUAACGAUAAUGAAAAAAAAA